AUGCAGAUCUUCGUCAAGACGCUCACCGGGAAGACGAUCACGCUCGACGUCGAGCCCAGCGACACGAUCGACAACGUGAAGCAGAAGAUCCAGGACAAGGAGGGCAUCCCCCCGGACCAGCAGCGAUUGAUCUUCGCCGGCAAGCAGCUCGAGGACGGCCGCACGCUCAGCGACUACAACAUCCAGAAGGAGUCGACGCUCCACCUCGUGCUCCGGCUCCGCGGCGGCGGCAAG